AUGGAUGUGGAUAUAAUUGAGACUGAUGAUUGUGGCAACAGUAACUUGUUGAAAAGUCUUGGUAUUCAAAUUCCUGAUUCAUUAAGUAAAGUCGCGAAUUAUGAUCCACUCGGACCCAAAUUAUUAAUCCAUCAAAUAGAAAACGAGAAUUUUAAAUCCUAUUAUGGAAAGCAAAUUUUAGGCCCAUUUCAUAAGAAUUAUACAGCAAUUAUUGGACCUAAUGGAAGUGGGAAGUCAAAUGUUAUAGAUUCGAUGCUAUUUGUAUUUGGUUUCAGGGCAGCCAAAAUACGUUCUAAAAAGGUAAGCGUUCUUAUCCACAACAGUUCGAAGCACAGCAACAUAAACAGUUGUACUGUCAAGGUCUUCUUCAGGAAAAUUGUGGAGAUUAGUAUGAAAUACGACCAUAAACAAGUAACGAAAGACAACCAGCAUAACGGGGAACGAAUUUUGGCCACACCCGAAGAACCAGACAAAGAUGAAGAAGGGGAUCAUGAUCCCUUUAAUACAAGCACCACUGCUUCCUCGCAAUUGAAAAAGAGUACUCCGACCUACCAGGAAUCAAUAGACACUGGUUUCAGCGUGGUGCCAGGAUCGGAAUUCGUCAUUUCGAGAACUGCUUUCAAGGACAAUUCCUCUUACUACUGCAUCGACGGCAAAAAGACGAAUUUCAAGGAAAUGUCCGAUUUCCUCAAAUCCCACGGAAUCGACUUGGACCAUAACCGUUUCCUAAUUUUACAAGGCGAAGUAGAAAUGAUUUCGCUGAUGAAACCCAAGGCUACGAACGAGAACGAGGAAGGCAUGCUAGAGUUCCUGGAGGAUAUAAUCGGCAGCAAUCGUUUCAAGCCAGCUCUGUCCACGAUGAAACAGGUGCUCGAGACCGAGAACGAAAAGAGGGCCAGUAUGCUGAAUCGGUUUAAAAGCACGGAAAAGGAGUUGAAAGCGUUGGAAGCACCUCUGGAGGGAGCUAUUCAAUACCUUUCCCUAGAAAACGAGAUUAUCAAGAACAGGAACGCCCUAUUGCAAAUCAAUGAAUACGAAGCUAAUAAAGCGAUGGUGCAAAAGGAGACCAAAUUCAAAGAAGCGGAGCAAACGUUGAAGGAUUUGAGCGAAAGUCUAGCGGGUAACGAAGACGCUAAAAAGGAUAUCGAUGUCCAAUACAAAUCGAAAUACAAGGAAUUCGAAACGGCCACCAACUCCCUCGGGGAAAAUAAGAAGAAACUGACCGAGCUGGAGAUGGCGGAUGCGAAAAUACGGGAAAAUUACAAGCAUUUAAACGCCAAAAAUCAAGGUCUCGUCAAAUCCGUUGAGAUCGAAAGGAAUAAAGUAAUCAAACAUCAAUCGACCAUCGCGAACAACCGGGAAUACCUCAGCAAUCACGAAGCCAAGUUGGAAUCGCUCAAGAUUUCCAAAUGCUCCCAAGAAUCGGCCUUGCAAAUAGCUACGGAAGCCCUGAAAGAGAACACCAAGGAACUCAGACUCAAGAAGGAGAAGAAAGAGAAGCGACUCGUGGAAGACGUAGAAAACAAAUACAUCCAAGCCAAGUCUUCGCUGGACAAGGCUAAAGGAGAAUUGAAAAUUUACACCGAACACGUGGAAGGUAACCUGAACAAGGCUAAAAAUCUGCAAAAGAAGAUCGGUGAGAUUGAAACUUGCAAGAGCGACAUUAAAACAAAAUUGAACGAAUUGACACAAGACAUUUUACCCCGGUACGAGAGCCAGGCAGAUACCCUGAAAAAGAAAAUCGAAGACGUUAAAAACGAGGAGAGAGGUGUUGAGCAUCAACUGAAAGAAGGUCGCGACAAAAUGAAGCUUGCUCAGGACAACCUGACGGCUCUGACGAACAGUCUCACGAAUGCCGAUUGUGGUUCCGGCGAUAGCAAUGCGCAGCAAGGAAAUCCGUUUCGAAAUCGGGUUCUCAGGGCUUUGAAGGAAUCGGAGAGUAAUGGGGAACUGGAUGGGAUAUACGGACGUUUGGGGGACUUAGGUCGCGUAGACCCGAUCUACGACGUAGCCCUCUCCUCAGCUUGCGGUUCUACCCUGGAUAACAUAUUAGUCAGAGACGAGGAUACCGCCAGGGAUUGCAUCAACAUACUCAAGAGACUCAAAUUACCGCCGACCACAUUCAUAUGCCUCAAUAAAAUGCGUUACAACGCGAAUACCGAUAGGAUCAAGGAUAAGAAUCAACGCCUUUUCGAUAAGAUAACAACCGUCAACGAAAAAUUCGAGUCGGCUUUUUUCUACGCCACGCGGGAAACACUCUUAGCGCGCGAUAUAAACGAAGCGACCCGAUUGGCGGACUCCUCCUCUCGCCGGCAAAGGGUCGUUACGAUGGGGGGUGAAGUGGUAGAAAUUUCUGGCACUUUGACUGGCGGCGGUUCCAGACCUAUGAGCGGCAAAAUGGCUUCAAAAUUCUUGGUCGAAUAUAAUUCCGCUAACGAUAAAAUCAAUUAUUUACACCAAAAAAAUAGCAAUAAAAGCAUUCAGGUAUAG